UCAAAAUAAUGAGCAAAAUAAAAACAAUAUUAACCGCGACUGCGCCGAAAGCCGCGAAAUUCAAGCAAUUUGGGUAGCAUAAACCUAGUCUUAUUAAAAGGAAUGUGCUUAGUGAGAAAGGAUAACGUGAAAAGCGAAAUAUUCGCAAAGUAGUUUAGUGCGCAAGGAUGUAGAGAAAAAUCGCAUAGACAUACUGUUCACUGUGGUGUCAUGUUUGGUCAAGUGCAGUUUUCAGUGGAUUCUCAUUGUGUACAAAUGGUGCGGAUGAAUGAAUAGCGUUGGAAUUUUGCUGAAAAAAUAUAAAGCGAAGGAUAUGGUUAGUGUAACUCAUAAAUGAUAAAGGAGAAUAUACUUUAUAUACAGCGAAUGUUGUAAAUCCUUUUGAAUGCAAGUGUUUUGGUUUUAGUAAAUUGUAACAAAUAGUGACUCUAGUGCAUAAAGUGACGUACUUAAAGCUGCUUUCCCGUUUACGUAAACUAAUGAGUGCGCGUCCUAAGGGAAUGAAAGGAAAACUCUUACACCCUUUAUAUGUGGAGUAUUGCUAACGUAUAUAAGAAGCCAAAGUGACACCCAUUGCUAUAGAAGCGAAAUUCAUGAAAAAUCGAUAUUCGCCAAAAAUGAAACGGUCAGCUGCGUUUUGAAUAAACUAGUUACAUGGGACCCACAAGAGUUGUUAAAGUGUACCCACCUGAUAUAAUAAAUUAUGCAGUGUAUUUGCAAAUGAAUUAAACAAAAUAAUUAAUGAAAACACAAAAAUUUCACUGAAACAACACUAUUACGUUAGUAUUGAGUUUUAGUUGCUACAUGUGUUGUUGUCGUUUGUCCUAAAUUCCAGUAGUCGCGUGCUCAAUUACAUAUUUUGGAUAAUAACUGAUACACUCAUAUGUUUUGUCAUAUCUACAUGUAUAAAUGUAUUAAUCCAUUAUCCUUACUGCCAUCAAUGUAGAAAACCAACACGUACCAGCAGUUUUCUCAAACUUGUUAAUCCAUUAUCUACUAAAACUGCCUAUUCUUCUGUGUAUGCAUUUUUUUUACAAAACGCCCACAAUUCUUUUACUCACUGCUAUAGAUGAGUCAUGCGCGUCAAAAAGUAUUCGAAUUCUUUAAAUAACUUUAAGAUAACAGUGAUUUGUGUGGAAAACCUAUUAAAGUUAUUUGGUGCCGUAAUUGAAUUUGUGUAGAUAAAUAAAUGUGUAUGUGUGCCGAAGAGGUUUAAAGUGUUUUCUUUCGGUUACUAUUGCAUCUAUAAUUAUUGAAUUCAUACUACUACGUUUGCAUACAACAUGAAGACGCGUCUUGUUUCGUUAACAUACCGCGGCAGUGCUUCUGUGGAUCCGCGCUACUCCGCCGCAAUGUUGCCAUGGACAAUAAAUGAUAUUCGCUCAACGGAAAGCUAUUCGAAGCUCUCCGUUGGCAUCGAAAAUGGCGUACUCGAGUCUUAUAAUUCCGAUUUCGAGUUACAAUUCAGUCAUCCGCUCAAGCAUAUUGUCGGCAUGUGCCGCAUCGUACACAAGCAGAGCAACACGAAAAGCGCCGGCAACGGUUUCCUUCAGUUGAAGGCUUUCACCAGUGGCAGCAGCAGCGCCACCAAUAGCAAUGCGAAUGGCUUGAAAUCAACGGGCACAGGUGGUGCCUUAACCACCUCCACUUCGUAUGGUUCACUGUCCUCGAGCGCGGCACAGCGCGAAAGAGAGCGCGAGCGUGAACGCGAACAGGCGGCGUUGGCUGCCGCAAAUGGCGUGGAUGGUGGCACUAACGAGACGGUUAAUGGCGGAAAUGCGAAUAAUUUCAUGGAAUUUCUCGGUCCCAUCACUGGCCUGGUGUACUUAAUGAAGGAUCCGCGUGACCCGUUAUUGCAUAUUUAUCUAUUCGAAUGUGAAGCGGUUGAGGAGAUGGCCGAGCUCAUGCAUCAAAUGCGUGAUCCUGCGCACACACUUGGCGGUUCUGUGGGCAGCAUACCCCAGACUUUCGUCGCCAAUGGCUCCAACAAUGACUUGUCCAUGCAACGCGCACUCACCGGCAAUGGCAUACACGCCACACCGGCCACCAAUCUCAAGCUCAGCGAAGCUGUACGCAAUGCUCAACACGACGCUAGUCCCAAUAUUAUUUCGUCUAAGAUGAAAUCUUCGAAGUCGUAUACGCAUGGCUUGAGCAACUCAGCAGGCACCGUGCACAUUCCAACAUCUACCUCCGCGCAGAGUAAUCUAUCAUUACUCGCCGAUAUCUCGCCUAAUCACACGCACUUCUUCGAAGUCAUGUAUGUGGGUAAAAUACGCGUCUCACACAAGCGUGUGCCCUUCUCAUUCAUCGAUGAUGCCCUGCCCAAAUUCAAGGCGUACGACGCGCAGCGGUCGCGGCUCAUGCAGUUGACCGCCACCGCCACGGCCAGCGCUAUGACAACGGCAACAGCGUCUAAUCGCAAACUCUCCUUGAAUGUUGAGUCCAGCAAUGUCAAUGCGAGCGUCAAUAGCAGUACAGUAACUUUUGAUCUGAAAAACACUUCGCUCAAGGAGAGUGACGCUGAAGAGUCAGCGGCGGAAAUGGCAGAGAGUGCAGGCGCCGAAACAGAAGUCGAGACAUCGACGGAGACAGAAACGGAAGCUGAACAGCAGCAGGAUGCAAUGUCUGGCAAGUCGGUUGCAGAGGAUGGCGUUACACAAAUCGCAGACGAUGAGCAGCAAACAUCAAACAAAUCGAAUAAAUUACCAAAGCGAUUACUGCGCGGCAUUAGUCAGACUGAACUUCCUGUGAAGAAAGAGAAUAAUAGUGCAACCACUGAAGAAGAAAAAGAAGCAGGUCCAAGGGCGAAUGUGCCAGUUGCACCGAAUGUUAUAAUCAACAAGCAUCCAUCACCGCCACGUCAAGCGCAGGAACAGGAUACAAAAGAGCAAGCAAAGCAACAAGAAAAAACUGCAAUAACAACAACCGAUGAAACACAACAGCAAAUGCUCAAGAUACCACAACAACCAGCCUACGCAACGCUCGACACCAUACCCAAGCAACGCGAUCGUUCCGCUUCGUAUGGCUGUAUUCCACCGUUUGUCGAGCAGAAUCGCACAAUGGUCUUUUUGGUGGGUCGUUCUGACUUGCGGCUCAUCUCACCGGAUCGCAAGCAAGUGUUGCUUUACAAGGACUUCAAGGAUGUGGCCAGUUGCGCACAGGGACAGAAGAAUCCCGAUCAUUUCGGCAUCAUCUGUCGUGAGGUGCAUAACGAUGGCUACAUAGGUUAUGUCUUUAAAUGUCAGUCGGAUCAUGUGUGCGAUGACAUAGUUGCAGCCAUUUCGCAAGCUUUCGUCACUUGCGCCGAACAAAAGAAAAAGGAAGCCACACAGAUCUUCUCGUGUGAGCACUGUCCCAUGUUGUGGUAUCAUAAACUCUGCACCGACAUUGAAGGUUUGAGUGAGAAGAAGACACAGGCGAUGAUCUUUCGCCGCAUAGAGUCGCUAACCGACGAUGAGCAGGACAUGAUAUGGGCCAAAUACUAUGGUUCGGAGAAGACGAGCUCCCCGCUGUCGGAGCAAAAUCAAUUUUUAAUGAUGCUCUUACGUGCGCACUGUGAGUCACGUCAGCAGCGGCAUGUGCACGACACAGCUGAGAAUCGAUCGGAGUUCUUGAAUCAAUAUCUGGGUGGAAGUACGAUUUUCAUGAAAGCUAAACGUUCGCUCACCAACUCAUUCGAUCAUCUGUUGAAACGUAAGGCAUCCAAGGAUGAUAUUGGCAUAGCGCACGAUCUGCGCGAUCAUCAGAUACGUGAGAAAUCGGCCGAACCGCAUCCGGUUAGUCGUAGUGGCAAUGAAACACCCCCGGAGGGCUUCCGCUCACGUUCAAACACAAUCGGUAGUGCUAGUCCGAGCAGACCGAGUGCUGAGCACUUGAAGAGCCCCAUGAUGGAUAUUUUCAUCAAAGUCGGCAAUAGUCCAAAGGAAUCUGAAGCACACAAAGCUUCAUGGCGCCACGCCAUUUUAAAUAGUGUCGUAACACCAUCAAAGGGUAUGGAUGGUGAUGUACAAAAUGAAUUUAUGUCACCCAUGAGAGUCACAAAACGCUUACGUGGCAAGCGCACUCGUGAGGAGCUCCGCGAUCUCUGGAAGACCGCCAUACGUCAGACCAUACUGCUGAAUCGCAUGGAAACCGAGAAUGCCAUGUUGCAGGCGCGUCAAAAUGAAAAUGAGCUCAAACGCAUCAAACUCGACUACGAAGAGAUCGUGCCAUGCGACAAACAACUGAUCGAGCGUUGGGAACAGAUCAUUGAACGUGACUCCAUGAAGAUCGGCAAUAAGAAGGAUCCCAAAGUGCUGGCACAAGCGAUCAAAAAUGGUGUGCCACGUUCGAAACGUGGUGACGUUUGGACCUUCCUCGCCGAUCAGCAUUCCAUGAAUACAGCACCGGUGGACACAAAGAAAUUUCCCAAUUUCAAUACACCCUACCACACUUUGUUAAAGAAUCUCACCGAACAUCAGCACGCCAUAUUUAUCGAUCUGGGACGUACCUUCCCCAAUCAUAAGUUCUACAAGGAUCCACUUGGCGUGGGUCAAUUAUCGCUAUUUAAUUUAUUGAAAGCAUAUUCGAUACUCGAUCCAGAGCUGGGCUAUUGUCAGGGUUUGGGUUUCAUCUGUGGCAUAUUGUUGUUGCAUUGCGAUGAGGCGGACGCUUUUCAAUUGCUCAAACAUCUCAUGUUCCGACGCCAGAUGCGCACCAAAUACUUGCCGGAUAUGAAGAAAUUCCAACUGCAGCUGUAUCAGCUCUCACGUCUCGUCAAAGAUCACUUGCCAGAAUUAUAUAUUUGGCUCGAUCAGAAUGAUGUAUCACCCACUCUGUAUGCUGCACCGUGGAUACUAACUGUAUUCAGCUCACAAUUUCCUUUGGGUUUCGUGGCGCGCGUUUUCGAUUUGCUUUUCCUCGAGUCAUCGGAGGUGAUUUUCAAAUUCGCUAUCGCUUUGCUGACCGUGCAUAAAGAUGAAUUGCUGGCCCGCGACAAUUUUGAGGAAAUUAUGGAUUAUCUAAAAACGGUCGUACCGAAGAUGGAAGUGAAUGCAAUGGAGAAAAUUAUGAAAUUGGUAUUCACUUUGGACGUCAGCAAGCAGUUGACCGAAUAUAAUGUGGAAUACAAUGUAUUACAAGAGGAGAUCUCAACAGCAAAUCACCAUUUGGAGAUGUUGAACCGAGAGAAGACACGCAAUAUGCACCUGGAACAGCAACUACAAUUCGCUCAAUCGUCGAUCGCACAGCUGGAGAAGACACGCUCUUCACAGCAAACGCAAAUCACCUCGCUGCAAACCCAAGUACAAUCGCUGGAGUUGACCAUACAAACGCUCGGUCACUUCGUCGCUCAAUUGGCCGAACAAAAUGUCGAACUCGAAUUACCCGGCGAUGUGCGACGCAUACUGCAACAGCUGGAGGAUUUGGAACGUCAACGUCGCCGGCCACAUUUCACUGAACGCAAAAUCGGCAAAUCCGUAUCGGUCAAUAGUCAUUUGGGGUUUCCACUAAAGGUGUUAGAAGAGUUGAACGAAAGAGAAGAACAUGGUUCGCCACAAAAGAAGAAGGAGAAGAUACCUUUUUUUGAACACACCUACGAACAAUUGCGUCAACAACGCCAUGCACAACAACAACAGCAACAAAACGCUCAAACUUCACCAACAACACAGCAGCAGCGAAAGUUAUUAAGUAGCACCAGCAAUUCGCUGGAGGAAAAUCCACAACAACAGCAACAACAACGGCCAAAUCGCCUACUCGAUUCGGCGGACAUACAAACCAAGCCAGCGGAGCUCAAAUUGCCCGAUCACUCGGAUCAGUCAUACGACAGCGCCAACAUACGUAGUCCACUUGAGGUGGACAGUGGUGUGGGCACACCACUCAGCCCGCCCAGCACAAGCAGCAAUAGCAGCAGUAGCGGUCUCAGUACCGGCUCCAGCAGUGGUGGUAGUCUCUUUAGUCGUAUGGGUUACAAAAAUACGCCAACAGCGCUAUCACCGUUAAGCAGUCGGCAAACUUUAUAUGGCGCCGGCAGUGUGCCAGCAACAACCACAGCUGUUGGCAAAGUUGUGCCAGCAGUCUCGAUUAUUGUACCGGCCGAUCAACAAUCGCAGAUCGGUGCAGAGAUGCAUCCACUCAGCAUGGUUGGCGAGGUGAAUGUGCGUUUUAACGGCACCACACAACUCAAAUCCAUACGACCCGUACAUCAUAUGCGUCCGAUGGCUACUGUGGCAGCGGGUGUAGCGGCUGCGGCUGCAUCAGCGCUGCAAGAACAACAGUCAAACACCGCCGGCGAUAUCAGCAUCAAUAGCGGUAGCAGUGAGACAACAAAUACAGAUGCGACUAAUGGUCGCAGCUAACGGUUUUGAUUCAUAGCGAAAAUAUUGCGUAGCUUCUAUUAAAGAAACCAUAUAACACAUGAAAGACACAAAAAAAAAUAGAGGAAAAUAGAAAAUAAAGCGAAAAUUGCGGUUGUUCUCAAUUUGUAAGCGGGAUUUUGACGUGGAAAAUGACAGUUGGAUGGAAAGGAAAUACGUGAUUCUUCUCUAAUUUGUAAGUUACCGCUGUAUAUUUUUCGAUUUCAAACUGUUAGCAACCGCAGUUGGACCAACAAAAAAAUCUUUAAGCUUCAUGCGCUUAAAAGAAAUCUAGCAAAUAUUCUACAUAUUCUGAAUGAUGAAAACUGUUGAUAUAAACUGCUUUUAAAUGCCGCUAUUAGAAUUGAUAACUUUAAUAAAAGCACCAACUACGCCAACACCAUCGCUAUGCAAAAACUCGUAAAAUUAUAAGAUUAAAUAUGUAUUUAGAUAAAUAUAUGUAUGUAUAUGAAUGUCAGCGUUGAAUUGUAACCGCUAAACCCCUUGAUUAUAAUAUAGUGAUAUUUAUAUAAAUAUUAUAUUGAUUAAUGUAAAUGGAAUAUAAUUUCUUAUAUCUAUAAUUUAUUUUUUUAGUUCUCUAGUACGUUUUUAUUUAAGUUAUUCUUACAAAAGGUAUCAACUACCAAAAUUAUGACAAAACCAAAAAUUAAUCUAAAUUAUAAAUAUUUUUCAAUAUAAUUGCCCUUAUACUCUUAUCUCUUUAUCUUUCGUUAUUUUCAAUUUAUUUAUUAAUAUAUUUUUGGAAUUUAUAAUAAUAAAAUUAUAGCAAUUUUGGUGCAAAAGUCUUAAAUAUUCAUAAAUGUAAUAUUUCGCAAAUAUUAGACAUACUUUUGCUGCUAGUCAAGAGUCAAUAGACCCUGUAUAAGUAUAAAGAUCCACAUUAGUUAAACAAAAUUUUCACUGUUGAAAAAAAUUAUAACUUCUUCACUUUCAAAUUUUAUUUUAUUUAUUUUUUGUUUAAAUUUCAUAAUUUGUUUUCUAUUUUUGUAUCAUAGUUUAAAGCAAUUAAAUGAAUAAACAAUCGCUUGUGUCAUGUGAAAUAUGAUUAUUGUUGAAAUAUGUAUACAUAUUUAAAGUAAUUCAUUAAUUUAAGCAAGAAUUUAGAAAUAAAAGGAUAAAAUAAUUUCAUAAGUCCCGCUUCACACAAGUAAAUAUAAUUAAGAUUUAUUCUGUUUGUGUUAAAACAAAAAACCAAAAAUUAAUUAAGAUAAUUUUUCGAUGAAAAAAAUAUUUUUUUCUGUUAAAUUUUUAUAAAAAUUCAACGAUAUUAUUUUUGUUAUAAAAACUAGUGUUUUUUUAUUUUAAAAUAGUAUAUAUUUAUUUUUUAACAAAUUUACUACCUUUUGACUAACAUUAUUACUAAAUAAAAUUAAUAAAUAAUUCUAAAAAUAAAUUUCUGACAAGUGUUAAAAUUUUUCCAACAUAAUUUAAGUGCAUGCGUUAAAUAUACAUGGUGUGUAUAUAUUGGUGCUAAAAAUGCAUAGACGUAUGUAUAUACAGUCUAAGAAAGCACUAGAGAACAUAAGAACGAAAUUUGUUUCCCACAACAGUUGGGCGUAUAUGACAUGAUUUCCAAUCAGGAACGAUUAUCUCGGUAGCAUUGCUCUAAAUUAUUUGGUAAUUUUUUAUGCCGUUAAAACAACAAGGAAGAUAUUCACCAAAGUAAAAAGUGAUAGAUCUUCGAUAAAUGUGUGUGAACAGGGACUUGCCUUUUUUAUAGUUUUUCUAAAUUUUCGUUUGAACGAAAAUUUUCAAAAAUUAAAUAUUUGAAAUUGUUUAAAAUCUCACAAAAAUCAUAUUAAUUUAACAUAUUUUUUUUAGUUUAAUUAAAUGUAAUUAGAAGUAAUUAAAUCUAAACAGAUUGUUAGAAGUUUACGGAUAUUUAUGUACAUGCUUACAGUAUAGGCUUAUAUGUGAUUAAUUUGUAUAUUAUUUUCUCAUUUUUUUGUUUUUUUUUACACACAAAUAAUUCGAAUAUUAAUACCGUAAAUAUACUCGCAUAUAGAAAGAGUAAGUAUUUACGUAAGUACUUAAGCAAAAAUUAAAUAUAUUUAUAUGUAACGGAUCAAGUGUAUGCUUGCUUAUAUGUUUUGAUUAAAAAACACAAAAAAUAUAAAUAAUUAUAUAAUUAAAAACAUGUUAAUUACAAAUUACAAGCUUGAUUAUCUAAAAUACCAACACAAGUGUAUAAACACUAAAUGUAUAAUCUCUCUUAGCAUAAGCUCGUGCGUAAAUUUGUACAAUCACAUAUAAUAAAUAUAAUUUUUUUGUUUAUUUACUUGCGCCUGUUAUAAUUUAUUAAACAAAAAUAUAAUCACAAAUGUAAUCAAAAUGAAAAUGUAUUGUAAUUUCUAGC